AAGCCUCCAUGUCUCCCAUGUGGAUGGCAGAGACCCAAGUACUUGAACCAGUACUUGCUGCCUCCCAGGAUAUCAACGAACAGGAAACUAGAACCAGAAGCAGAAGCUGGAUUCCAGACACUCUGAUAUAGGGUCUGGGUAUCUCAAGGGAUGUCUUCACCGCUAUGCCAAAUGUCCAGCCCACCCGUGUGCUACCUGCUCUUUUGUUUAUUAUUCUUUAUUGUUAUUGUUCUAUAGAUUAAUGCAGAAUCAUCAGAACAACUUCCUUGAACCUGCAGCAACCACCAAUCCAGAAGUAACUUAGACCUUAGCUAGCAAAGAAACAUUCUGUAGUGUUUUCCACACUGUUUUCAAAAAUCAUGAUUUUGAAGAAAGUUUCAAAAUAUCAGUGGGAAAGAAAUUCAAAUUUUUCUUCUGCAAAGCAAUAUGUCAAAAAAGGCAUGGCUGACAUUCACUCUCCAGCACACGUGAUGCCUGCCUUCCCUGUGAAGGUAUUUAGCAAAACUUGGGUCUUGACCCCUCCCUCUGUCUGCUGUCAGUCAUUGGUCACUUGUAAUAGUAGACCAACCAAAAGGUGAGGGAGAGAACAAAGCAGCCAAACAUACCCAAACCCACACUCCUGGUCUUGCCAGUACAACUAUGAGUAGUGUUCUGAAUUUAGUCAGUGAUGCUCUACAGAUAAUUAACACCACUUGCUUCAUCCCGCAGGUGUAGACAGUGGUCCUGAAGUACAGCAUGAAAACACACUUGCACUUCAGUGCACACCUAUCAGGGAGCCCGCUGAUCCUAUUUUAUGUAUGACUAGGAAGAAAAACAUUUAAACUCUGUAAUGUCAUUCCAGUAACAUUCAGUAGAUGGCAGAAAAGAGCCUUUUUUCCCCCCUCCAGUACUGACUAGGAUUACCAAUUUAAAAAAUGUUCAAGGAAGUGCCUGAAUUUUCUACAGACUAGCAAACAGAAGCCACGGCGGGUUGUCCUGAACCUGCAUCAAGAUACUCUGAAGAACAGCAACCACCUUUAGGAAUGUCUAAUGUUACAAAAUGACUGAAAAUAUUUCAAGCAUCUUCCAUUUUGCCAUCAUUAUCAUACUAAUUGUGGUCAGAAUUCAGUUAUCUGAUGGAAAUGAAUUUUUUGUUAACAGGUCAAAAACAGGCCUGUUCCAUUUCCCCAAAGACCUAUCCCUGAAAACCACAGUCAUAGAUAUAUCGCAAAACUCUCUAUCUGAGCUUCAGAUAUCGGAUGUCCUGUCACUUACAAAGCUGAGGAUUUUGAUCAUCUCUCAUAACAGAAUCCAGUAUCUUGAUUUUAGUGUUUUCAAAUACAACCAGGAGCUGGAACACUUGGAUAUAUCCCACAAUGAGCUGUGGAAGAUUUCUUGCUACCCAACUGUGAACUUCCAGUACUUAGACCUCUCAUUUAAUGCAUUUCAUGCUCUGCCCAUAUGCAAAGAAUUUGGCAACAUGUCUCAGCUAAAAUUUCUGGGCUUGAGUGCAACACGGUUACAAAAAUCUAGUGUGCAGCCAAUUGCUAAUUUGAACAUCAGUAAGGUUUUGCUGGUCUUGGGAGACCUAUAUGAGGAAGAAGAGCCCGAGGUGCUUCGAGAUCUUCACACAGAGAGUCUGCAUAUUGUUUUUCCCCCCGGAAUGGAAUUUUGCUUUGCUUUGGAUGUGUCAGUCAGCACGGCAGUGAGUUUAGAACUGUCUAACAUCAACUGUGGGCCAGAUGACAAUAGAUAUUCCAAUUUCCCAAACGUUUUGUCAAAACUUCAAAAGAAUCCAAGAUUAUCAAAUUUCACCUUAAACAACAUUGAAAUGACUUGGACAUCUUUCAUAAGGAUCCUGCAGUUGGUUUGGCCUUCAAACAUACAAUACUUCUCCAUUUCAAAUGUGAAACUAUGGAGUAAACCGAGUUGUGAAGAAUUUAACUAUUCCAACACUUCCAUAAAGACCUUGUCCAUACACCAACUUGUUAGUUAUGUGUUCAGUCUUCGACAAGAUUGCAUCUACAAAAUACUGUCAAAUAUGAAUAUCCAAAAUCUCUCAGUGUCUGGUACACAUAUGAUCCACAUGCUCUGUCCACUCCAAAUGAGCCCAUUUUUGCACUUGGAUUUUUCCAACAAUCUCUUGACAGACACGAUUUUUGAAGACUGUGGAAGCUUAACUGAAUUAAAGACAUUUAACUUACAGAAGAAUCAAUUAAAAGAAUUUGCAAGUUUAAUUCAUAUGACCAAAAAGAUGAAUUCUCUACAACAAUUGGAUGUUAGCCAAAAUUUACUAACAAAUAAUGAACAUGAAGGAGAUUGCUCUUGGACUGAAAGUUUAUUAACUUUAAAUAUGUCUUCUAAUGCACUUACUGACUCUGUUUUCAGAUGUUUGCCCCUCAAGGUCAAGGUACUUGAUCUGCACAAUAACCGAUUAACAACCAUUCCCAAAGACAUCACCCACCUGGAAGCUUUGCAAGAGCUCAACGUGGCUUUCAACUCCUUGGUGGAUCUUCCUGGAUGUGGCACCUUCAGCAGUCUCUCUGUGCUGAUCAUCGAACAUAAUUCAGUGUCCCACCCAUCCGCUCAGUUCUUCCAGAGCUGCCAGCAGAUUACAUCCAUCAAAGCAGGAAGCAAUCCAUUCCUCUGUACAUGCGAGCUCAGAGACUUCAUCAAAAGCCUAGGCCAGCUGUCGAGUGAGGUGGUAGAGGGCUGGCCUGAUUCAUACAAGUGUGCCUACCCGGAAAGUUAUAAAGGAAUCCUACUCAGGGACUUCCAACUGCCUCAAUUAUCCUGCAACCUGGCGCUGCUUUUGGCAACCAUUGGGGCCACCUUACUAUUGGUGGUUGCUUCUGUAACUUUCUUCUGCAUUCGUUUGGAUGUGCCCUGGUAUCUGAGGAUGGUGUGUCAAUGGACCCAGGCCAGGUACAGAGCAAGGCACAUCCCGUUAGAGGAGCUCCAAAGAACUCUCGAGUUCCAUGCUUUUAUUUCAUACAGUGGGCAUGAUUCUGCCUGGGUGAAGAGUGAGUUAGUACCCAACCUAGAAAAGGCAGGUCUCCAACUUUGUCUUCAUGAGAGAAACUUUGUUCCCGGCAAGAGCAUUGUGGAGAACAUCAUAGACUGCAUUGAGAAGAGUUACAAGUCCAUCUUUGUUUUGUCUCCCCACUUUGUCCAGAGUGAGUGGUGCCAUUACGAACUCUACUUUGCCCACCACAAUCUCUUCCAUGAAGGAGCCAAUAACUUAAUUCUGAUCUUGCUGGAACCCAUCCCACAGUACUCCAUACCUAACAGCUAUCACAAGCUCAAAAGUCUCAUGGCACGAAGGACCUACUUGGAAUGGCCAAAGGAGAAGACGAAACAUGUUCUUUUCUGGGCAAACCUGAGAGCAGUUAUAAAUGUUAAGUUGACUGAGCAAACAAAAGAAACAGAUCAAUAGACUCACACACAAAAUUAAGAAUAAUUACUCUUAUCGGCAUUGCUGCUUCUGAGAUUUCCACCCAUGCCUUCGUUUUGUAUCAAGGCAUAGGCCAGCACGAUUUGGAGUUUACAAUGCAGAUAAGAACAUGGUGAUAAAAGUUCAUGACAUGAUAUCAUUGCGACCUAAAUAGUUCAUUGCCAACUUAGGGAACAUCCACCUGUUUCUUUGCUAUCACAAAGUUCAUUUGACUUACCAUGAAAUCAAGAAUUUCCUGUGUCUGUCUUCAGUGAUGUAACCCUGGAUGCUGGGGUCCAUCUUAGAAACUCCAUGAUUUUCGUGCUGGUAGCUGAUCUGUUGCAUAUUUCUAAUGCAGUUGGUGCUAUCUUGUUACACUUGGUCUUUGCCUCUACACACUGAAGGCUGAUCAUUGCUACCACUAGAGAGAUUCAAUGUCCAAAGCGUUUUCUUGCUGACCAUGGGGGCCAGAAAAUGACAGCUGUCCUUGGGAAUGAUCUUCAAAGCUGUAUCAGAAAGAGAACUGAAUUAACACCCCAAUGUUGUCACCCACUUUUAAGAUUAAUCUGGAGUAUACUUUUUCAUUGCUACUGAGUUCCCUAAUAGGACAUAAUUUUGGUUGUCUACAGUAGAAAUGCCUUGAUAAAUUACUAUUUCUUUUCUGCUUUCCUAUUUUUUUUCUCCUUCACUCAUUCUUCCUCAGGUAUUUCUAGGAUCUUCUUAAAAAUAAAAUAGUUGCACUU